UUUCUUCCGGCAUCUGUCUGUUGCGGUGAGUCGUCUUCUGCGUUACAAAAUUUUAAAUCCAGUUCCAUCACUCAAACCCCUUGUACACUCAGACCGUGCCCCACAUAACCAAACAAAAUGCCACGUGAAAUCAAGGAAAUCAAGGACUUUCUUCUAAAAGCCAGAAGAAAGGAUGCCAAGUCUGUUAAAAUAAAGAAGAAUGCCGAGAAUGUGAAGUUCAAAGUACGUUGCUCUCGAUUUCUCUAUACUCUUGUUAUCACCGACAAAGAAAAGGCAGAGAAACUUAAGCAGUCGUUACCGCCAGGUCUUCAAGUCAAAGAAGUGAAGUAACAUGCGAUACACGUGUCACGUGAAAUAAAAAAUUCUGUAUAAAACUCA